AUGACUCGAGGACACUUGAAAGACUUAUUCUCGCCAGUUUUCUGGGCAACAGAUAAGGCGAAGUACUACUGGGGAGUUGUGGCAAAAAUGGACAUGGCAGCGCAAGUUCGCCUUAUGGAGGCACAUGCAAUCGGCACAUUAGACAGUGUGGCGAAAGCCUACACAGCGAAAGCCAGGAACAUGCGCUCCGAAAUGGCCGAGAUAACCAGAGAGAGUCUCCACGAAUUGACUGGGAAGCCAAGAUUAUCGAUGGAAUGGGUGCCAGCAAACUAUUUGAAACUCACUAUCAAACAUUGUGUCGCGAUUGACAUGACCAAUUACCCAGAUGGCAAACUGAUCGAACCAAAGCUUGCUAACGUCGAUCACUUGCGCCAGGUACUCGAUGGAUGGAAGAAUAACAAGAUCAAGUGGGUCAAAUUAACCGAUGAACAGGUGGAAGAGAGGUGUGAGGAGCUCGCUGCACUUACCUCUACUGGCGCCGAAGUAGCAUCCACGCCGAGUUCCGGGGUCACAGAUGGCAGGGUUGGAGAGGAAGGCCUAAGGUCAUCUGUGAAUGUCAGUUCCGGAUCGACGGCCCCAGCUACCUCCCUAUCGCCUUCCCAGUGUGACGCCACCCAGAUUCCAACCCAACCGCCAGCAGAGGAAAGCGGACAAGCGGUGACCGCCAUUCGAGGUCGCAAACGUAAAGCCACGCAAAGUUCUGAACCGCGAAAGAAGAAACAACCCACAUCUGCUGGCAUGGCAGGCUCACAGCUUGGAAGAGAGUCAGGAUAA